UGUGUUUCUGAAUGCAAAUUUUGGUUUUGUUUAUUUAAAACAGAUUUUUAAUAGGGAAAAAUAAUUUCUAUUUUGUCCGUCAGAUGAAUGUAUAAAACAUCAUGGAAGCAGAAUUUUUAAAAGAAAAGAAAAAACACCAACUCUGAGCUAGUUGGUUGCGACUCGUCACCAGUAAACAGCAAAGAGCGCCUGAGCUGCGGAGGCGGGACGCGCGCCGCUUAUUGGCUGAUUGUCAACACAGAGGCGGAGCUUCAGAGAACCGAUAAGAGCUGCGAUUGGUCGGAGUCCCUAGAACGCUCGGUUUUUCCUGGAAAGUUCUUAGAAUGGUUUUACGAGAAGCUCCAAGGAAAGGCUUGUCGCUAUGCAGUGUUUGAGGGAAAUAAAUGGAAACAUGAAUUACAUUUUGCAAUAAACCUUUUUAUGACUAAACACAUCCCACAUUGCAACCGAGCCUCUUAUGAAAUAUGGUAAAAAACCAGUUUGAGCCAUGUGUUUGUUAAAACUGGCUAAGAAUGGGAGUUAUACCGGGAAUGAUUGGGGGGCGACUCUGAGAGAAAGUCACUGAUGGCGUCAGAGGCGCAGAGACACGCGCGCUGAUUCGGAGAAAAGUCGUUCCUGGAACUCAGGCGGAAUCAGCACACCAAAGCCCGCAGUGGCUUCGGCGGCACACUUUUAGGCUGGGAACCGGCUGAAACACUGUUCAUUGGCGCACAUCUGACCUGAUAUCGUUUCACCCCCAUCCCCUGCUCUGCGGUAUUUGAUUUGUAACGUUUUCACAAAGAACCGCGGUACUCUUAGUGGAGGGUUUUUCUUUCCCCGGAUCUCGGCGACAACAAGCCCAGGAGCGGCUGAGAAACUUUCAGUAGGCGCUUUGAGGAACCUGACUGAAGCCUUCACUCAGACGAUGAUCCUCUGCGUUCAAGGUCCCAGAUCUCUGUUAGGAGACUCUCAGUCUCAGGUGGUUCCUCUUGGGGUUUCAGUCCUCUCUUCCUCAUCAGCACGUUGUCUUCACAGCACCCCCAAGUUCUCGGACCCCAGCAAAGACCUGUGCGCCAUUACCAGCAACUUAUGUUACCUCGAUGCAUCAGGGUGGUACUGGGGGACCAUCACAGCCAGUGAGGCCCAUUCACUCCUCGAGGCAGCCCCAGAGGGCACAUUCCUCAUUCGGGACAGCAGUCACCCUCACUACAUGCUGACUCUAUCAGUCAAAACAGGACGCGGCCCAACUAAUGUACGCAUUGAGUACAGUCACGGGCGCUUCCAGCUCGACUCAAGUUCGCCAGCCCGAGCACGUCUGCUCUCUUUCCCUGACGUGCUAAGUCUGGUGCAGCACUAUGCUACCUCAGCAAAGGGACGUGAAGGGUCUCAGGAGGACGCGUGUGAUCCUGUAACACCCCCGGUACCGAAGGAGUGUGCUGUGCUGCUCAAGCUGAAACGUCCACUCCGCCAGCCUCAGGCUUUUCCAUCCCUACAGCAUCUUGCACGCCUGGCCAUUAAUCAGUACACAACCUGCCCAGCAAAGCUGCCAUUACCAAAGCCAUUACUGCAGUACCUACAGGAGUACCCUUUCCAGCUCUGACAUCACCAUGGAAACAUCAACUUGAACUUAAAAGCGAGGACACUGAUGUCAUUAAUGACAUCACUCAUCAAUGGUGGCUAUAUUUAAAGCUCUAGAACACUUUUUUUUCUUUUGCCUGUUAUGACGAAUUUUCUCCUGUGGGGUAAAUUUGAUUUCAGGUUCCCAAAUACAGACUGAAUUAGAAAUUCACUGGAACCUCACAUAAUGUCAAAUAGCAAGAAGCUUUCCGCUUAUCGGUGUAAGCAUUAUAAUGGUGUUUAUAGGACAAGGUGUAACUAGUUUCAUUACUCCACAGUCUUUGGAUGAACCUUGAAAGACUUGAAGACUACUGUGGCUUUGAUUCUCCCUACAACAUAGCCUUUCCCUAACAUCACAUCAUUUAUCUACUGUGACUGUUUGGUUAAAAAAAUAAAAUAAUAAUAAAAAAAACUACCCUGUAAUAUAAAGGCUAAGUAAAAUACGCAUAUAGUGCUGUUUUUAAUCAUAGAUAAAACUCCAUGCCUUAAUUAUCACACAUUUGCCUAAAACUAUGGUUAUCUGAAAUAAUCUGUGGUCUAUUGUGGUUUCUGACACUAUAGGAUUAAUUAAUAAUCGGUUAAGGACAAUCCUUAAUAGCUAAAAUAAAUACAUUUACUUCAGGUUCACUGCUCAGAGGUAAAUUUUAUACAAAAUAAAAACCCAGCAGAUUUAAGUGUUUAUUUUAUGAUCAAUAUUUCAGAUUUGUGAUUGUGAUCACAAGCCUGUGAAACCCUGAAAUCUGUGAAAGUCUUUAAGAAGAAAAAUCUACUCUGUUUUUGUGUCCUACAGCUAUUGUAGCUAGUUCACUUAGCUAGUUAUUGUUUACAUUAGCAAUAUGCCUAAAGUAUAGCUGUCACACAAAGUUUUAAAUAAUAUUAAUUGUUCAUCAUUUUAGUUUAGAUUUUUUUUCUUCUUUCAAGUUAUGAAAAGAUUUUUUUAAACUGUUAACAGUCAGAUGAUAGCCUUUAUGACAAGUGUGUGAUUAUUUUGGAGUUCUGUUUGCACAGUGCUAAACUAGCGACUUGAAGCCUCCCAUACUUGUUACACAAAACUUAUGGAGCAAACACCCAAUUUUGGAGGACUAACUGCAAUUUGGUUAGGGAAAUUUGUGUAAAUUUCAGUUUUUGACCUGUUUCUUAAUUUCUUAACUGAGACAAUAAGGAGCUGCCAGUGAGCUCCACAGCUUACAGAAAGCCUUGUGUUGUCUUGCUUUCUUUCUUUUUCACUUUUCUAUGCGAAUUUCGUUCUGGUCCAUACUACUAUAUAAUCAGUCCAGAAUAAUUUAUUUUUUUUCCUAUCCCCACAAUGUGGGUGUUUGUAUAUAUUUAUGGACAAAGAUCCUUUUUAUUUUGUAAUAAAAGAAAAAUACUGAACCAUUCAAGCUUGUUCAUGUGAUCUUAUUAAAUACAUCUGUUAAUAAAUAUUUAUUAAUUUACUUUAA